AAUACCUUCCAAUUUGCCAUUUACUAUUUGCACCCAUUUAUGUAAAUUUUCCAAGCCCAACAUCGUUUGGAAAUAGAAAAAAACAGUAGGGUAAGCAAAAUCAAAGAGAGGCAUGUCGACCCUGAAAGAAAUCCUAACCCGCCGUCCAGUGGCGGCCACCAUCAGGCUGACUGUACCGGCUGGAGGAGCACGACCCGCACCCCCAGUAGGUCCAGCCCUGGGUCAGUAUCGACUUAAUCUAAUGGCCUUCUGCAAGGACUUCAACGCCCGAACCCAAAAGUACAAGCCCGACACCCCCAUGUCUGUCACUAUCACCGCCUUCAAAGACAACACCUUUGAGUUCACUGUCAAAUCUCCAUCCGUCACCUGGUACUUGAAGAAGGCAGCGGGUAUCGAGUCCGGAAGCAGCCGGCCUGGCCACGUGGUCGCCACCACUUUGUCCGUCAGACAUAUUUACGAGAUUGCCAAGAUUAAGCAAUCCGAUCCAUAUUGUCAGUACAUGUCCCUGGAGAGUAUUUGUAAGUCCAUUAUUGGGACUGCUAGUACCAUGGGGAUUAAGGUGGUGAAGGACUUGGAUUAGAUUCUUCAUUUACUCUUCAAUCUAAAAAAAAUGGUAAUGUUCUUCUUAGCUUUUGGAUUUGAUGCAUCUUAGCUGUUCGACAUAUUGUCUGUGUUGAAAAACCUUGAAACGUUUUUGUUGGACGAAUUUCUGCAACUUUCAAACAUUAUAUUAAUUCACUGCAUCACUUCUCAAUUGUUGUUUUCAAUAUCCAAAA